AUGUAUUACAACCGAAAACAGCUAUCAGAGAAAAAUCCAACUUAUCUAAGAGAGAGAGUUUCUAAAACAAAUGCUGAACCUGUAAUGUGCACAGGGUGUUUUGGGUUUUAUGCUCGCACAUAUUUUAAAAGACACCAAAAUCAGUGCAGUGAAAAUACUUGUACCUCUGUAAUCCAUUUACCAAUUUCAUCUAUGGAUAACAGUUGUAUAAAAGACUUAAGUGAAGAUUUUAAAAAAAGUAUAAUUGAAAAACUACGAGAUGAUGAAAUAGGAAAAGUUGUAAAAAACGAUCAAACUAUUUUAAUGAUUGGAUCUUGUCUUUAUAAUAAAAAAAAAAAAAAAAAAGAUAAACAAAAUGAAGUCAGAAGAUCAGUAAGAGCAGUUAUGAGGAGAUUGGCCCACUUGUAUACAAACUUUAAGAAAUUUGAAAUUAAAUCUGUAUACAACAAUGCAACAGACAUGUUUUUGAGGUUAAAUUUUAGACAUCUUUCUUCAACUAUUUCAAAUUGUACUUCAUCUGAAAAUGAAGAACAAAAAUCAGGACUAAAACAUGCUUUAUGCUACUUGAUAUUAAAUGCAGCUGAAAAACUUGUUGGACAUUUCUUAGCUCAAGAUAAUGACAAAGUAGCAGAUGAUAUUUGCAAUUUCUUAAAACUUUUUAAACUAGAAAAAGACAACAUAUUUGCAGAUGCAAAUUAUGAUCUAGUUUCAAGAAGAAAUAGAAAACUUAAAAAACCAGUUAACCUGCCAGUUGAAAGUGACAUAGAACUUCUGAGAAAUUACACAGUAGAAACAAUUAAAAAAAUUGUUAACAACAUAACUAUAUUGUGGGAUUUGCAUUACUUUGUGUUGUUAAGAAAUUGCACAGUUACAAGGUUGACAAUAUUUAAUGCAAGAAGAGGUGGUGAGCCUGCAAGAUUGCUUCUAAGUGAUUGGAAGGAUGCUGAUGAAGAGGUGUGGUUAGAUCAACAAAGGAACAAUUGUGAUAGCACUAGCAAGACCAAAAUUGCUUAUCAAAUUGGAAAGGGAAACAGCAAUGUUUCAAUUUUUAUUCCUCUAGACAGAAUAGAGGCAAUUUGGAAAAAUUCGGAUAGCAAUUGCUCUGGAUGGCAUGCACUUACUAGUGUUUGUCAAAAUCUACCCCUUGAAAACAAAAAAAGGCUUACUGCAACCACAAACAGACACAGAAUUAGUACUUUAUUAGCUUCUGUUUCUAUGACAAAUGGUGAAAGAAACUUGUUUUAUGACCAUAUGGGUCAUAGUGAAGCCAUAAACAAACACAUAUAUCAAGCACCACCUGCAAUAAUGCAGCUUGCAAAAACUGGAUUAAGAUUGUCGAACCUUGAUAAAGGUCAACUAUGUGCAAGCCCAGCUAAAUUUGCUAAAAUAGAUCAUAUGGAACCUAUUAACAACUAUGGUAAUGUUGAAAAUUUUUAG